AAGCCCCUUGAAGCGAGGUUUCAUUCAUUUUUUGAUAUAUUUCUCGUCCUAGUGGGCGCUGUAAGUCAAUAUAUUAAUACUGAAAUACCAGAGUUAUUUGCGCAAUCUGGUGGUUACUUUUUAUAUGUCUUGAAUCUGGUGAGCAAGUGUCCUUCAGAUUUUUGUGAAAUUGUUUUGUUUAAUUCCAAGCUCUUUAAAAUGCUUCUAAAAAUGAGAGUAUAUAAAACAAUUACGAGUGAAUUUACUCCCAAAUUCUUUCAUAGACCAGGAGUUUUUUGAUUAGAGGGUAGGGCCAGCACAACAAGCUCUGCUUGGCAGAAGACAGAGAAGACAGUUCUGUCCUUGUGAAUUCUUCCAUUCAAAAGUUCAAGUCGUCCAGAUUCCAGGCCAGGGGUCGACAACAAGUACCAUACCGCAAGCAACCAAGAUGUCUCUCCGGCAAAUAUCAGCUGCACUGAGACGGAGAAAUAGCCUCAUUCUCCUGCUAUGCCUGGUGGCAUUUUAUCUCCUCUGGUUUCAAUUAGCUGGAGUGCGGCUGCUGGAGGGUUCUGGCCACCCACACUCUGACCAGUGGGAGGAGAGGGUGGCCAAGGAGCUGUACGCCAUGCGACUGCAGGCGUCGGAGAUGCGUCGCCAGCUGACGCGGCUGGGCAGUGCGCCGGCCCACUGGCGUCACCCCGACCUGCCCACCAUCUUUGUGGUGACUCCCACGCACGCCAUCCCGACUCAGAAGGCCGACCUGGUCAGAUUAUCCAACACGCUGCUGCACGUGCCGAACCUGCACUGGUUGAUAGUGGAGGACGCCGACCACAAGUCGGAGCUGGUGAGCCGUCUGCUGCGCCGCUCCGGGCUCGUCUACACACACCUCAGUGUGGCCACGCCACCGGAGCUCAAACUGCAGCCCAAGGACCCGCGCUGGAAGAAGCCCCGCGGCGUGCUCCAGCGUAACGCGGCGCUGUCCUGGCUCCGGGAAAACCUGGAGAUUGUCGACGCCAACGGAGUGGUGUAUUUCGCCGACGACGAUAACACGUACAGCCUGGAGCUGUUCACUGAGAUGCGCGACAUCCAGUCAGUCGGCGUGUGGCCCGUGGGUCUGGUCGGGGGUGUGAUGGUGGAGCGACCCCUGGUCGAUAACGGACGCGUCACCGGCUGGCUGACCCCGUGGAGACCGGACCGGGCCUUCGCCACCGAUAUGGCCGGAUUCGCCGUUAAUGUGCGACUGGUGCUAAACCACCCUACCGCCUCGUUCUCCAUUGAGUCCCAGCGCGGCUUUCUGGAGACGGACCUGCUUACACAAAUGGGGGUCACCCUGGAUGACCUCGAGGUCAAAGCAGACCUUUGUACAAAGGUUCUGGUGUGGCACACACAAACGGCCAAAGCCGACCUCAAGAUAGAAAAGAUUAUGGAACAGAAGGGCAAGCCGGCUACAAACGUCGGUAUAGAGGUGUAGCACACGCCUGCCCGCUAGAUCUACCACAUCUUCACCGGGCCUUGCGUAAGACUAGGCUGUACCGCGGCCGCACCCGCGUCCUCAGCGAAGGCAGUUGGGUAGCGCUGUUACUUCGACUCAUCAGUCACAGCGGUGAGAUGUUUCACUAGGGUUUAUGCGUCAUUAUAUGGGCGCUAUGCUCGUGAGUACAACCAGAGAGAUUGAGCUCGAUUCGGGGUGAUAGCUCCGUUGGAUGUGGGAUGUUUAUAUUCAUUCCGUCCAUUAGCGGGGAGGGUGUUCGGUUUCGUCUGGAAGUGACACCGAUCGAAGAGCUUGUUCACUGAGUGGCCAAAGGUCGGUUGACUGGUCUUUCGUCUAAGAGAUAGGUCAGAAAUCAGAUUGCUGACGCCAAUUCGAGGAGAUCUCGGUCAGAGUGAGAUUUUGCCUGAUGGUGCCUCGAACUAACUGGGAAGAGAUAUGCAAGGGAUUGCAGUUGAGAAAAAAUGCUAUGAAUAUCGGUGAUUCAAUCUCAUAUCAAAUACUAUCGAAUUCAUACGAUCGAUACUGCUCAUCAAUAACUAAUGAUGCAUCACUGUCAUGAUCAAAGUGAUAUAUUGCAAUCACAGUUCAUCAUAGUCAUAUCAUCACCAUUAUCACAAUCACCCUCACCAGUCACCAUCAUCACGUAUCAAUCACCACUGGUGUCGUACUGCUGCAUUUGAAGUUCGACUGGCUGUUUGUGAUGAACUGUCCUGUAUAGUUACUUCUCUGAGCAACUGAAGAGCAGUGUCGAUUGGCUGCUUAUAAUGGUUGGCUGCUCCUUUUACCCUGGUCAGUGAUGUGUUCAGAAAGGAGCGUGGUUAAGUGGAUUGGAAAGGGAUUCCUAACUGCGACACAGGGUUGGUUUAGUGCAGUUUUUAUUACCAUGUAGUUAUAUUAUGGCUGAAUGUGAUAGUUUAGUUGUAGCUAGUGUUUGUAUGUAGGAUGAACACAAUGCCAAGUUCAGAGUGAUAACAUUUCGUCGGUUGUGUUUGUUUGAUGAUAAAUUCAAGUUCAUGCGUGAUUAUUAUUCGUUUACAGGUUAUUUUCAUACUGCCAUUUGGCUUAUUUAUUAUUUGUGAACUGCAUUUGUUUGACAUUGAUUCGGUGAUAGUUGGGAAUCUAUGGAAUUAUAUAAUAGUUAUGUUGUAGUGCUCACAUAUUUCAAUAAUUGGCUACAUAUGGAAUGUUUGUUUAUCUUACAUUUAACGUUCGAGUUUUAAAAGAGUUUGAACUUCGCAAUUAUAUCCGAAGUAAAUGAGUAUUGUGUAUAUCAUUUACUUUUAACAUAUUCUCUUGGUUUUGUUUGAAAUUCUCGCUGCCCUUGCUUCCAGUUGAAAUUCUAAACUCAUGCACAAGUGUUUAUGACUCUUAUGUAAAUAGUAAAAAUGUAUAUCGAGCUUUAAGCGAGCUAGCUUGCGUCUGGUUUCUUACUAUCCUCUGCGCUAGGCCGCUUUGUUGGCUUAUCUUUGCUGCUUCGACUUCUGUAGAUAAUUGAUGUUUGUAAGAAGACCAACUUUAGAAAUUGAGCUUUAUUUUGAAGCUCUGUCAGCGUCACAGUUAUCAGUGUCACCACCUACCUUGCGUCGGCGAUAUGAGUUAGUGGAAUGGUUAUCGCACUUGUGUACGGUAUCUUGCAUUGAUUGUUGCAAAGAAGAGUCGCAAUAUCGCACGAGGAAAAAUAAACAUGCUCGUUUUGCAA